GUCAUGCGCUCGUGCGCUAUCUUGAGCUCUUAACUCCUGGACGGUCGGCUUCACACGAACAAAUUGUUGCAUCCUGCUCACCAUUCGAGAAGAUAGACAUCAGUCCGUCCCCCAGGUUCGGAAAAAAUGGUCGAAAAGCAAACAAUCGAAUGGUUUGGCGCCACCACUUUUCGACUUAGAGCUAAAGGCUUGACAAUCUUUCUUGACACGUGGUUGGAGAGGCCGUCAAACAUACCAACAUAUGCCUCCAUUGACGAUAUUGAUGAAUGCGAUUACAUCUUUAUCAGCCAUGCGCAUUUCGAUCAUCUCCCUGGCGCUGAUCGCCUAGCGAAAAAGACCGGCGCAACUAUAGUUGGAAACGGCGAGGCCGUGAGUGUCAUGCGUGCGGCUGGCGUACCAGAAGAACAGCUUCUGCCCGUUGCCGGCGGAGAAAGGAUACCUCUUUUCUCAAAGUCUAUCAGGGACGAAGUGCGAUCGCAGUUCAGGGAGUUUCCAAGAAGUCGCGGGCCCCCAGGUCCGCCUAGGCCAGAUGUAUCCAAAGCUUCACUGUCGGUGCAUGUAUACCCCAGUCUUCACUGCCUCAUGCCUGGGCCGCCAGGUCAACAUCUCGAUUUCAUCGACACAGCAACUGAGUACAUUGGCGGCUCUGAUCCAUAUGCUGGCACAAUCGACAUUACUAUGGGGAUGCGAUAUGGCUUGCUGGCUGCUGCGAAAGCUCCUCUGAGCGCCCGUGCUCAAAUGCCUCCAGAUUUCAGGCCAUUUGUCGAAUACAUAGCGGAUGAGAGAAACAAGUUCUCUAACUUUGACGGAGGCCAAAUGAUGUAUAACUUUUUUCUCGGCGAAAAGACACUAUUAUAUAUGUCACAUCUAGGCGGAUAUUCGGGUAUCCUGAAAGAGCUCGAACCACAACCCGACAUUCUUGUUAUGGGCAUCGCUGGGCGCGGCAAUAUCAAUGGCCGGCCUUUUGAUGGCUCAGCUGCACAGUGUGCGACGAACAUCAUCAAGUGGCUGGGUGAGCCGGAAAAAAUUAUAUGGUGUCUGCACGAUAAGGCUCCAAUCAAACCAUUCCGCGUGGAAACCGAGGCAGCAGCGAAGAUGGUAGAGGCCGAAACUCGUUCGCGAGUUUUGACUUUGGAACAUGCAACUGUGUAUGAUCUAUAGCUGUUUGUAGACGAGUUGGGAGAAUCAUUAUGCAGCAGUGCCCGACCUUGGGACAUUCUCCGAGCACUUGCAAUCCCUUUCCCGUGUUUGGGCGCACAGAAUUUCGCGUUGAUGACCCCGGAUCUGGCAGCUGAAUUGAGUUGCUGGC